ACCUUAACAGUUAAUGCCCUCCAAAAACACCGCCUCCUCUCUCUCUCUCUCUUCUGAAUUCUCUCCGAAAUUAAAACACGAAAACGAUAAUAGCGUGUUUGUCCGAUCAGUUAACGGAAGCCAAUUUUAAUGGAGGAGAUGGAGAUGGAGAUGGAGAAUGAGAAUCUCGUGCGGAAUAUUCCGUCUGUUUUAACGGAUCACCAGCUGACGGCUGGUGGUGCUGCCUGCGUUAGUCAAAAGUUGACACGUAGCUGCUCUGAUUCUUCUGCCAUUACCGUCGAUAGUUUUAAGGAUUUGGGUCCAUCUACAGUGUGGACAGAUGAGAAGCAUAGCUUAUAUAUUGAUUCAUUAGAAGCUGCAUUUGUUAAUCAGUUGCAUCAUUCCAUUGCUUUGCGUGGUAGCUUGCAAGAGAUUUUACUGGGGCCAUACUCAUCCAGGGCUCUGCCAAAAAAUAGUCGCAAUUCUUCACACAAGUUAAUGGUUCUACGAGAUGGCUCCUGGCAGAAUAUCAACUCCAGAAGAAAUAAGCCUUUGUUGGAAAGCACAGCCGAUUCUCAUUAUAUUCAGGAAAUUCCUUGCACAAGCCAUUUUUCAUCUGCAGGCAAGCGGCGGAUUGUGGCAUGUCAUGAUCUACAUCAUGGUGGACUCUGUAGUGAAAGGAUUCAUGCAGCAGGAAACUCUCCUGUCUCCUGUGGAUUGGCAAGAAGCUCAGGACAACACCCUGCAUGUAGUCUGUGCUACUGUAAUUCAGAUGGCAUUGCUUUAGAGGUUUCAGAUCAGAACUUUGUAGAUGAUGACGGAGGAGAAAAGUCAAGCUGCAUGGCCACAGUGAAAAAGUUGAAGAUAGUUGGAACUGAUGCUUCAAGUUAUGAUAAAAUUGUACCAUUGAGGAAUUCUAAUAUCAGUGAAGUAUCAACUGCCAGUCAAGCUUGCCGUGAAAGAGAAGAAGAGGUGCAUCAAGAACUGCUGUCAGAAAACCCUGAUACUUUUGUCUAUCCAAAAUCAGAUCUCCAUUAUUUCUUAAGAGAAAGCUAAGUUGGAAAUCUUAGACUCUAAUGCACCAAAAGGGGGCGAUAUGGUAAGUCCUUUAUGUUGCCCGCUUAAAUAUUCAUUUCGAAAGAUGCAAUGAGCAAGAGUUUGUAUGGAAAUCCUGUUGAAGAUGAUUUUUGCUGACAACUACUAAUGAUGCAGGACUCCUUCUCUCUUUUAUUUUUUGGAAAUUUUUUUAGGUAUAUGAAAAAUUUGUAUCUUCUGUAUAAUAGCAGGCCGAUUAAUUACAAUAUCAGUUUCUCUCUUAUUUUGUUCUUUUUUUUUUUUCUUUUCUUGCUCUACCCAGUUUUGUACAUAGAAAUAGAUUGAUAAAACAUUGAUCCUUUUCUUUUCUUGAUUUAGAAAAUGAUGAAGUUAUAAUUCAUGGGUAA